UAAACUGUAUUUUCUGUUGGUGCAGUCGGGUAGCUUGGAAAGGGUAUGAUAAGUGCAUCGAGAGUGAUCAGAAGAAACAGAAAUGUCCAAGACAACAACAGAUCACGUUAAGCGACCUAUGAAUGCUUUCAUGGUAUGGUCGAGAGGUCAAAGACGAAAAAUGGCUCAAGAGAAUCCGAAAAUGCAUAAUUCCGAGAUCAGUAAGAGAUUGGGAACGGAAUGGAAGCACCUAACCGAAGCAGAAAAGAGACCUUUCAUCGACGAAGCAAAGAGAUUGCGAGCCCUGCACAUGAAAGAACAUCCAGAUUACAAAUACAGACCGAGACGUAAGCCAAAAGCGCCGGUGAAAAAAGAGAGCGGAUUCUUGCCAGUAGGACAUUGCUUGCCUCCGACUCUCGAUCCGCUCGCCCGUUUCCAGCUCUCCACUGCACCACCGACACUGGAUAGCGAGAAAGCUGUUGCAGCCAGGACAUUUCCUCUUUCUCUAGCUCAUUCCUUUAACCAUCCUCACUCGCUAUACAGCUCCUUGGAUCUGGCCGGUUUGGCCAAAUUACGAGCAUCCGUUAACGAUCCCCUAUCCCCUGCCGGUCUUAUGAAGUCCGAACUAUCGGGGCAACUCUUUAGUUCCAGUUCACCGGGUUUCUAUAGCACAGCCAGCAGUUUACUAUCUUCACUUUCGGCCCACUCACACGCAACUAGUGCUUUCCCCAGUAAUUCCGCAUACGGACUGGUUUCUUGUGGCUGCAAUUCACCUUCCAGUUAUUUCCACGGACUCGGCUCCAGUUCCUGUACGCUUCCCACGAUAACAGCGCAAGAUCCUCGAUCUCAUCUCUUGUUCCUCAAGGCGGAAGAACGUUAUCCAAGACCGACAUCUCAGCCAUCGGUACCGGCUAUUUAGUUAUAGGCUAUUUAGUUUAGGUAAGAGUUCAUAAGUGUAUAUAACGUAAUGUCUAGUCAUUGGUAGACACUGGUACGAGAACUUUUUCAGUUUUUAAAACUCUUGUGUAUGUGUGCUUCCAAUUCAUAAGUUUAUUUUAGUUUUACUCUAGUUAGGUGAAUCGUUGAUAGAUCGAGAGUGCGCGAUCUCGAUUAUAUGAGAUCGCCGUUAACACAAUCUGUGCAAUUUUCUAAACCAUUUGUUCCAUAAUUUUAAUCGAAAUUAAUUAUUUUUACUCGGAAGUUCGCUUUAUAAUUUUUAUUGUCAUGACAAGAACUUCCUUUUUGCAUUUAUACUCUUAAUUUCCAUUUUAUUCUCUCCUUUAUUAUUAUUUUUUUUAAUUUUGUUGUGACGAGGACUGUCGAGAUAGUCCGUACGAAGAAUAUCAUUUUAUACACAUCUUACCAACUUCUUCCUUAUCAAACUUCCAAAUCAAAUUUUCAACUCGACUAUAAAUAGGAUAUCUUUAAAAAUUAAUAAUAAUUUAUUAAAAAAUCUUUAUCUACCGUAAAUUCUUCACAAAUGCAAUAAUUGCAUAUAUUAAUGCAUCGGAUUCAAUAAUCUUUAUCUAUAUAUGUAUAUAUAUAGAUCUCAAUUUUUACAGUAUUGUUUUAUUAUUUUUUUAAUCUUUUCUCUUUUUUUUCUUUUUUUUUAAUUUCUCAGUUUCGUGUAUAUAGUGUGUUUGUAAUUGUAUAUGUACAAUACUCAAUGAACGACGUACGCGAUAUGAGAACUGUGUACAACUGAUAUGUUUGACAAAAAAAAAUAAUAAUAAUAAUAAUAAUUAAUAAA